UAACUCACUUUCCCUUUAUUUCUUCCAUAGAAAGCGAAAGAGCGAGAGAGAGCAAGCAAGCGGUCGCUUUUCGUCCAAUUUCUGAUGAGAUGAAGGAGGGAGAUCUGCUCCCGACGUCGGCGAAGCCCUCUGCCGCCGCCGAGGCUGCCCUCUUCGGAAAGGGCCGCUACAAGUUCUGGGCCCUCGCUGCCAUCAUCCUCCUCGCCUUCUGGUCCAUGCUCACCGGCACCGUCACCCUCAAGUGGUCCGCCGGCAGCCUCAACCGCUUCUCCGACGACCUCCUCGAUCCCCCGCUCCGCGAUGCCGAUCUGGACGUCCUGGAGAUGGAGGAGAGGGAGAAGGUGGUGAGGCACAUGUGGGACAUCUACGCGCACAGUCUCCGGAUCCGGUUGCCGCGAUUUUGGCAGCAGGCCUUCGAGGCGGCCUACGAGGAGCUCGCCAGCGACGAUCCGGCCGUCCGGGACGCCGCCGUCUCCGAGAUCGUCCGAAUGUCGAUGCGGAUGGUCGAUCUCGAGCCCCCGCCUCGCCAUCCGAAGAAUGCCGAACUGCAGGAUUUUCAAAGGGAUGGCAGCAGCAAGCCUAAGGUGAAACCAUCAGCCUUCUCAUCGAUGGGAGCCCAAUAAGCUGCGGCAAAUGUUCCUGGGCCCGGAGAUUUCUCUUUUUGAGUAUGAUCUAUCAACAGCUUCAUGUACUCAAGUUUGCCAAGGUUGUUUCCUCAUUAAGCAGUAGCAUGCAGAAAAUUUGUUUUCCUGCUUUCUAAAUUUUAGCUCUGGGUGCAUGCUCAAGGCAAGCUUUUGCAAGAUGCCACGCAGUUAAGAAUUACACCAAUGAAUCAUUACUGUAACUCUUACUUUAUUUUUCUCACUAAUAUUAGAAUCUGGGAAGAGUUUGCCAUGUGAGUGCUCUUUAAAACUACUCCAUAUGCUUUAUUUGGUUUCAUGAACAACAU